AUGGCGGACGAAGACCUUGCGACCCGAGCGCCUGAGAGCGACGCGCAGGAGGACACAGCUGUCCCAGACGAUUCGAAACCUGAUCAAGGCGCCGCAAGCAUGGGAGAAAUCGCUAAGCUCAACGACGUGGAAGCAUACAUCGCAAAGCCGGCCGACUACCCUCACUCUCCAUGCAAGCUACUGCUAUUGCUCACGGGGGGCACGGGACUCCACAGCAAGAACAACCAGAUCCAAGCGGACAAGUAUGCCGAAGAGGGAUUCCUCGUCGUCAUGCCUGAUCAAUUCGCUGGCGACCCAGCAUCCUCCACCUCAACCACGCAGACCGCGGCCGCCGAAACAAGCCCCAGCAUAAUCGAACAAGUCAAGUUGGGCGUCGCCUCCGUCGCCAAAUCAUUCACAAUCGACAUGUGGCUCGCACGCCACACCGAAUCCAAAGUCCUUCCGAUCCUCAACAACGUCAUCUCCGCCAUCAAGGAAGAGUUCGCCGAUGCAGUGGCACACGGGAACGGGAUCUACGCUGCUGGAUACUGCUUCGGAGCGAGGUACGUCCUCCUGUUGGGAUCAGAACUCCACGACGACGUCGCGGCGGGGCAGAAGUCGACGGAGGCGAAGGCUGAAGAAGGAAUGGUCAAGAAGGGACCACGGAUCAAAGCUGGUGUCAUCGCACAUGGGACGCAGGUCACGGUGGCGGAUAUGGAGAACUGUACUGUGCCGGUUGGGAUCGUGGCGGUGGAGGACGACAGUCUGUUCCCGGAUCAUGUGCGCGAUGCGGGUGUGAAGAAGCUGCAGGAAAAGGGUGUUGAGCAUGAGGUGCAUGUGUACCCUGGUGUGCCGCACGGGUUCGCGGUGCUGGGAGACUAUGAGGAUGAGAACAUCAAAGCUAAGCAGAAGGAGGCGUUCCAGCAGAUGCUGCAGUUUUUGAAGGCGCAUUAG